AUGGCAUCCCCUGUCGUUAAGUUGACUCUAUGCGUUUUCAGCGUCUUGGGCGUUGCGCAGUUAUGGGGCCGCACACUUGUCGAUGGCACCUUGAACAACCUCUUGUCAGCUUUACACGGUCCACACCCGUAUCUGCUUCCUGGCACGCAUGCACAACUGAGGUCCAGCUUCACCGGUGUAUUCCCUGUCGACUACCUGCUCCGCAUAUUAGUUGUCUUCUUUUGGGAGGUAGCUGACGGCUCGCACCCCACAUCGUCGGCCAUUGGACUGUACUUCCUCGGUCAAUAUUUCUCCGUCCUGUUGGUCUUCUACCUGGAUCACGCUCGACACAGCAACGGAAAUAAGCCCGAUUUCGUCCGACCGACUUUGUGGUUAAUUCUGUUCCAAGCCACCGGAAUUGGGUGCGCGGGACCGCUUUGGGCAAUCUUGCAUCUAAGAGCUUCCGCUGAUAACACCUCAGUUGGCUGGUCAUCUCUGAAAGACGCGCAGCUAGCCUCUAUGAUAUCCCCACAUGUUCCCUGUUUCAUCCUGGCUGCCCUCGUUGUGGGUUAUGCCUCCACAGCAUCACUGAUGCUACUGCCCUCCCCCCACGUCCUCUCUCACAGCUCGAAACAAAUCGCGCUGGUCCUAUGGAACGUGUUUCCUGUCUGGGUUCUUGUCGUAAUGAUAGGACUCCAGGCUGUGUUUCCGCUAGCACAUGGCGCAAAGUCAAACGUUGGCUCUCGCAAAGAGAGCGACGCCGCCCCACAAGAGACGCACCGUCGUCACAUUGCCAACGUCAGCCUGGUUUAUGCCCCUGCACUCAUCGUCAGCCUGCACUCACACAUUGCGGUCUUGACGGUUUCCAUUUCAACGUGCCUAUUCCCAGCCCUCUUCCGCUCGGAAUACCUAGCCUAUUUGAGGCCUUCAGAGGUGUUCGUUCCACCACUGGCUAUUACUAUUGGUCAGACUACCGGAGAUGGCACGCGAAGCUUCAUGCUAUGGGAUCAAAUUUUCGGAUAUGGCACGGUCAUGAUGGUCAUGCUGUUGCGACUCCAAGCCGCAGCCAGUGCGGCUGGACGCCCUCUAGGCUGGGUCAAGCUGGUUGCAGCGACGCUGCUGGCGUCACUUGUUGUGGGACCAGGCAGCACUUGCUUACUGAUCAGCUGGCUCAGGGAUAUCUUGUUAUUCGUCCAGUAA